AUCUUGGCGGGCCUAGGUUUAGGGUUUAUGCGAUGAGCAUCGAUAGGGGAUUGCUCCUGCGCAUCCGGGAGUACGCCAGCAACGGCGAUCUCCAUCUCGGCCUCUCCGACUCGCGCAUCGCAGCGCUGGUGGAGCGCCUCCGCGUGGAUCAUGCCGAGUACCGCCGCAAGAGGUAUGAUCCCUUCUGCGUCUUCGUCAUCCGCCAUGUCAAUCACAUUCUCGCCGGCGCCGCCUCGCAGCAAGCUAGGAAGAGGAAGAGGGCUGAGCUUGUCGGCCACGGCAGUGAUCUUCUCAAUCGGGGAUUGCGUGCUUCUUACAAGGGGAAUAAUGAGAAGGAGCUAGAGAAUAGGAAUGAGCGUGGCUUGGAAAAGAAAGGGGAAGAAGAAGCUAUCGACAAAGGUGGUAGUGUGGCAGCAGCAGCAGCAGCAGUGACUCCCGAGAAUGUGAAGUUUGAGAAUUUUGGGGGACUCGAGGAGAGGGUGCUGGAGCCGAUUUACCGCUGCAUCUAUCGUCUUCACAAUCCGCAUUCUUUUCCUCGACAGAAAAGUGUGAGCGGAAUUCUCUUGCACGGUCCGCCGGGAUGUGGGAAAACUUUACUGGCUUACGCGAUCGCAAACGAGGCAGAGGUUCCGAUUCGCAAAGUAGCACCAGCCGAGCUUUCUUCCGGUGCAGCUAUCAGGUCCAUCUUCGCAGAUGUGGCUACUCUUGCGAGAUGCGUGUUGCUUCUGGACGAGAUCGAUGCGGUUGCUAUGAAACGAGAUGCUGCGAGGAAGGAUGUGGAUAGCCGUAGCUUGACGCAGUUGAUGACUUGCAUAGACGGGCUGAACCAUUUGUGGGACGCGAGCAGGCAGUGUGCUGGACAUGUUAUCAUAGUAGGGACGACAAACCGGCUGGAAGAUAUUGAUCCAGCUCUCAGACGCUCUGGCAGGCUCACCAUAGAGAUCGCUCUCAAUGCACCCGACGAGCAGGCCAGGAAACAGAUACUUUCGGUGCUGACUCGCGACACACUUAUAGAAGGCUCCCGGGACUUCACUGGAGUUGCAAAAAGAACCAGAGGCUUUGUUGCAGCGGAUCUUUUCGAGCUGACACAACAGGCAUCAUUCAUAGCGGAGCAGCGCAGGAAUGCAAGCCUUCGUAGUGCGGACGAGAAGGAGCCGUGGUGGAAGUUUGUCAACACGGUGAAAGAGGAGCCGGCCACUGUGAUGGAGGAUUAUGAGGCUGCUGCAUCUCAAGUUCAAGGUUCUAUGACACGAGAAGGCUUUUCAUCUCGUCCUAACAUCAGCUGGGAAGACGUUGGAGGUCUCAACAAGGUUGUUGAAGAGCUCAAGAGCUGCAUUUCGAGAUGUAUCACGCCUUCGGAAAUGUGUAAGAAACUCGGAGUGCGCACCUCGGCUGGAUUCUUACUGCACGGGCCUCCUGGCUGUGGCAAAACACUGAUUGCAAAGGCAGCGGCAAGCUAUGCCGAAGCAAACUUCAUAAGUGUCAAGGGGCCUGAGCUAUUACGCAAGUAUCUUGGAGAUAGCGAAGAACAAGUCCGUAUACUCUUUAGGCGCGCUCGAGAGUGCAGUCCGUGUGUUAUCUGCCUUGAUGAGGUGGAUUCUUUGUGUCCAAAACGAGGGACUGAUGGAAACACCGCUGUGGAUCGUGUUGUGAACCAAUUUUUGGUGGAGAUGGAUGGUUUGCAAGAGUUGAAUGGUGUGAUUGUCAUUGCUACUACGAACAGGAUUGAGGCAGUGGACGAGGCUUUCCUUCGUCCGGGACGCCUUGGCCACCACGUCCGAAUUCCUCUUCCCGAUGAAGAGGCUCGCGUGUCCAUCCUGAAAGCUCUCACGCACAAGAGGCCUUUGGCAGCUGAAGUUGAUCUGGCCAAGCUCGCAACAUCAGCUCAGCUCGAAGGCUUGAGCGGGAGUCAUCUCUCCGAGCUCGUUGAGCAAGCUUGCAUUGCGGCCGUGGACGAAGGCACGGCUGAAAUCUGCCAGCAUCACUUUGAGACGGCGCGCGAGAAAUUGGGGAAGCGUUUAGCCAGAGUUCCAAGCGUCGAUAAUAAUCGAAGGUGUUCCCACGGUUCUACAGUCGUGACGGCACCAUGACCAAUAGCGAGUCUCAAAUUUUUUUUCGGCCACUAGGUACUGAAAAGAUUUUUGUAACGCUGGCCGUGCAUUGUCUCGUUGAAUUUACAUUUCUUUUGAGCGAGCCGAUCGCUGCUAAACUACCAA